AUGAAAAAACCUAAACAUAUCGAAUCCAACGUUAAACCACGUAUACCACCUAUCCCUCAAAAAGAUUCUUACGAUCGAUUGACUUUCACUCUUCAAGCUUCUUUAUACCUCCAAGCUACUUCUAUCUACUCUUCCUCAACCGUCCCAUCCAGUCUCCCACAAGUACCCGCCGACAAAUACUCAAGAUCUUCAACUUCAAUCCCGAAGGGAAAAGUGGGACAUGCGACAGAGUCAGAUAGUGUUGAGUCCGAACGUAAAAGUCCGAGGUCUUCAUGUACGAAGGAUGUUUCCGGGAGGUCUGACUCUGGGAGAGAGUUGAAGCAAUGGCUUGAGGAGAGUAGAAAUAUUCAUAAAGAUGUGAAGAAUGUUUCUCGGCCAAGUCCAGAUUCUAGGAAACAUACGAAGAGUACCGAAGUGGAACAAGGACGAAUAGCUGAUGAGAGGAGAAAACGGAGCAAUAUUUCAGAAAGUUCGAGAUAUGAUGGAGCUGGAAAAAAUUCAAGUGAUGAGAUUUAUAGGAAACGAAGUAAUACAGAAUAUGGAAAAGUAGAAUAUGUCUUGGCUCAAUUAGGUAGAGAAGCAAUGAAACAAGGUAAGAUUAUGGUAAAACAUGGUCAAAUGAAAUUAGGAUUCAUAAUGGGUUUGAGAUUGAUAGUUAGAGAUCCGGGGUUGAAACGGAAUAUUUGUAAACAAUGUGGGACAGUUUUGAUUCCUGGUUUAACUCUCAAAGUUAGGAAUAGACGUGCUGUUUUACUUCGAUAUUCAAGUGACACAUGGGAAUUGGGGAUUGACCAAAUAGCAAACAAAACUCAUAUUACACGUACCACCCACACUUGUCUCUUUUGCUCUACACAACGGUCCAUACCUUCUCCUCCUAUCCUUCUCCCACUCUCCAUACCCCCCGUCCCUUCGUCCGCCGAUCUGCACAACAUUACUGGAACAACAUCAAUCUCAACACUCGCCAAUACAUCCACUUCGAUCGUCUCAAUGGGCUCAACCGUUCCUGCGGCUCCUAUCUCUGCUAUUGGAAUACGAGAAGAAGCACAGUCGGAGAGAAAAACUUUCGAUGGACCUGUAAGGAGGAAGAAGAGGGAGAGAAUGAUGAGAAAGACUAAAUUGGCUUUUCAUACAUACGAAGCUUCCCUCCCGACAUCUGACAUAUCUGCAAGUACGACAAAUCCCCACGACAAAGAAGCGAACUCGGUGAUCCUUGUCUCUAGCAACCAAACUCUAUCGACGAGUACGUCAGAAAAGGAUAGAGAAUGGAAGAGGAACACGGGAAAAGUAAAGAUGGGUGAUAAGGUAGCCCCGAUGAGUGGGGAGCAAGGGGAUGAAAGGAAUGGAAGGGAUGGUAAAAAGGGACAUCGAUUAUGGGUAAACGGGGAAGAGGUUCAUGGUUGGGGUAUUGGUGUUCCAUCUUGA